AUGUUAGAUUCGUUUUUACAAAAGAAGCAGAACAUACUAAGGGAGAUAUCUCAAAAUGGUAAUGAUAAUCUAGAUGCAUCACCAAAAGGUACAAUCGAUGAACAUUGUAUACCCAUUAUAAAUUUGAUAAAUACCCAUCCGAAAAUGGUGACUACAUCUUCGUGUUCUGGAAGAGUUUCCGUAUAUUUAGAAGGAACUCAGAAUAACAAAAUAAUAUCAAAGGGUAAUGAAGGUAAAUGGAUAUUCGUUACUCAUGACACAUCAAAUUUGAAAAAUUGGUAUAAAUCUAUUAAUUUGAACUACGACCUAACUAAAUUUCCAACAAAGAAUGCAAGGAAAAUUCUAUAUAAAUUCGAACCAUUGAUAUUACAUAUAAAAUGCAAGGACCUGAGCAUAGCGAAUACAAUAUAUCAAAUAGCAAUGAAUUGUGGAUUUAGAGAAAGUGGCAUUGGUAGUAAUUAUAAUGUUGCAAUAAGAAUAUCAAUAAAAUUAGAUAUACCGAUUGGAUAUAAAGAUGAAAAGCCGGAUGACAACGGGGAAGAAGUAUAUCAAUGCUUUGUAACCGAAGAGUAUUUGAGUUACAUUACCAAAGUAUCAUUUGACAGAUUUGAAGAAAAUUUUAAAAAAUUGGACCAACUAUACGCAGCUAUUGAUAAAUUUAUCAAAGAGUUCCCUGCCGAUGAAGAGAACAAUGUUGAAGAACUCCAAAAAAAAAAUAAGAUAAGGAAGGAUGGAUGGGAGAGUAAAGAAGAAAGAAGAGCUAGAAUGAAAAAGGAGGGUUUGGAUAGAAAAGAGCAGCUUAGACGAGCUAAAUCGAACGAGCCCAAUUUUGUAGUUGAUGCUAGUACUUAG